AUGCCCCAGGCUGCGCCCCCAGCCUGCGCUCAGCAGGAAAUCGCAGCGCACACCGCGGCAGGGGCGGGAGCCGAACGCUCAGAGGGCGCAGCGCCGCGGGACCUCGGCCCCAGAGCCCGAGUCCGGCUCAGCGAUGGGAAAGAGGGCCGUCUCGGCAGGGAAGCAGCCUGCGAGCUGCGCGCCGCCCGAGCCCGUGCCCCACCUGGGCGCACAGAGGAGGAGAGAAAAGGAGAGGGCAGGGGAGGGGGCGCGGAACGCCGCAGCCUCACAGGUCUACCCUGCGGCAGCCCGCCAACCAGGCCUGCACGCCGCUACCUGAAGCGCCCGGGCCGCGCUGCCAACAGGAAACUUGAGAGCGCCAGGGGCUCGGCGGCCGUCCUGCUCCUCGGCCGGAAGCCGCUCGCGCAACUCGCCCUCCGCCGCCUGGGCUCGGCUGGGCCCGCUCUGCCGCCCGGGGUCAGCUGCCAACCAGGCUCCCCGGACCUGGCCUCCCCUGCUACAGCCGGGCUCCAAGACCACGCCCCACAGUGUUGGUUUUUGCCCAGGCCGCUUCCCCGACUAGUACUUUCCCAAGGAUGGCGAAGAGUGGAAAUUCCAAAACAGUUACUUGUGCUCAUUCAGAACCUGUACAUAGACCACGAGGCAGUUAUUCAAGCAGAACAAGGACAUACUGCACGGUUUAAAAUCAGGAGAUGUGUGCAUCAGGGUUGUACCCUUUCACCAUGCUUAUUCAAUCAGUAUGCUGAGCAAAAAAUACGAUAAGCUGGGCUAUAUGAAGAAGAACACGGCAUCAGGAUUGGAGGAAGACUCAUAACAUCUUGCAGAUGAUAUGCAGAUGACACAGCCUUGCUUGCUGAAAGUGAAGAGGGCUUGAAGCACCUACUGAUGAAGAUCAAAGGCUAUAGCCUUCAGUACGGAUGACACCUCAACAUAAAGAACUCAAAAAUCCUCACAACUGGACCAGUAAGCAACAUCAUGAUAAAUGGAGAAAAUAUUGAUGUUGUCAAGGAUUUCAUUUUACCUGGAUCCACAGUCAAUGCCCAUGGAAGCAGCAGUCAAGAGAUCAAAUGACGUAUUGCAUUGGGCCAAUCUACUGCAAAAGACCUCUUUAAACUGUUAGAAAGGAAAGAUGUUACUUUGAGGACUAAGGUAUACCUGAUCCAAGCCAUGGUAUUUUCGAUAGCCUCAUAUGCAUGAGAAAACUGGACAAUGAGUAAGAAAGACUGAAGAAGAAUUGACCCCUUUGAAUUAUGGCGUUGAUGAAGAGUAUUGAAUAUACCAUGGACUGCCAGAAGAACAAACAAAUCUGUCUUGGAAGAAGUACAGCCAGAAUGCUCCUUAGAAGCAAGGAUGGAAAGACUUUGUCUCAUGUACUUUGGACAGGUUAUCAGGUGGGACCAGCUGCUGGAGAAGGACAUCAUGCUUGGUAAAGUAGAGAGUCAUCGAAAAAGAAGAAGACCCUCAAGGAGAUGGAUUGGCACAGUGGCUGCGACAAUGGCCUCAAACAUAGCAGUGAUUGUGAGAAUGGCACAGGAUCAGGCAGCAUUUCAUUCUGCUGUACACAGGGUCGUACGAAUCAGAACCAACUCGAAGGUGGCUAACAACAACAGCCUCCUAGUUCCUGGUGGUUUAGUGGUUAGGAUUUUGCACUUUACCCAUGUGGCCUGGGUUUGAUUUCAGGAAUAACAUCCUAUGUGUUGCUUUAAAUAGGAGCCCUGGUGACAUAUGGUUAGUUAAGCCCUUGGCUCCUGACCAAAAGGUUAGCAAUUCGAACUCAUCCAGCCGCUUCCAAGGAGCAAGACCUGGUGAUCUGCUCCCAUAAAGAUUAUAACCUACCUUUAUGAGUCAAAAACCAGCUCAAUGCCACUUAACAACACUCUCUACCAUAGUACACCCUUCUGGUUUUUCCCCUUUUUUUUCCCUUCUUCCCAUAAAUGAAACACCUUCAACUCUUCUUUACACCCCAAAAUCUAAUCUGUCAUUGCAUUCUGUAGUUCUCUGCAUCAGGAACAGAUGUGGCUUCUCUUAGGUUGAAGACCUGUGAACUAAAAAUGUGAGUUGUCCCUCCCACCCCUCCCUUCCCUUACCCCUGUGAGGUGUUUUGGUAGGCACUCUGUGCUAUUUUUUUUUUUUUUUUACAUGUUGCUGUGAAAGGAAUGGCACGGUGCACUUAUGAAUGUGCCUUGUGGGGGGAGGGCGCAGUUGGCAAAAAAAUAUAACACUCGCAUUAUUUGCGUAAAAAUACGGUAUGUCAGGUGGAGGGUGAUCACAUGCUGUGGAUUAUAAAGGCGGGUUAAGAAACUGACUUUUGACUUUAAGUUGAUAAAAGCCUGAAGAUUACCAUUAAAGAAGAAAAAUUGAGUAUAUAAUUUCUACAUCAAUAAAGGGGGAAAUAUGAAGAAAAAUAAAAGGUAAGUUGUCUGCCUCAUACUCACACCAACAUAAAAGUUCACAGUGAUGGAACAAGAAUAGAAUAACUUUAGUAAUCACUUCCACUUAGAAAGGGGAAGAAAGAGACACACAGCAGUCACUGGUCUGUAACAAUGCUGAAACACCACUGCGCAGACGUGGUAAAGGCUGACUACCCUGGAGCAGAAGCCCCCUCAUCCACUGUUCUCUGUGCUCCUUGGAACCACUCCCUGAGGAGCUUCCUCUUUGACCCUUAUUCUCCUUGUCCACGUCUAAAGAGGGAGUUGGGGAGAAUACUCUCCUCAGCCUGUGUAACUUCCGGACAAAGGCUGUUGUAAGACUCCACUAAUGGUCUCAUGAUGUUUACACAGGCUUGUGGUUUCUUUGACAACACAGUUUCCUCAAAAAUUUGGUAAGCUUCUGAUCUAUUUGCAUCCAGUGGGUGCCAUCUGCCAGUGUCCACACUCAAUGUUCUUUUUAUCCAGACAUACCUAGGUCUAAGGUCUAAGGUUUGCUUUAUUCUUUCACCUUCUUGCCUUCAUAUUUUCUCUUGCAAUGUGGCAGUGAAUACCUUGAGGCUAGCAGGAACAAUGGUGAGAAGACUACACCUUUAACUGAAUAUUUUUCAUGAUUCACUUUAAUCAAAUGAGACAUUUUCUUGGAACUUUGGCACUCAGAAAGUCUUUUAAAUUACCAUUUCUUAUUAUUUGGGAUCUAAAAGCAGUCAGAUUUUCCAUCCCUAAAUACCUCAAUAUUCUGGACUGGCUCUAUUCUCAAUUUCUGCUGAAAAAAAAGCCAAUUUUAUUCCACUUUUUGACCUUUUUUUUUAUUGGAGUUUUAUUCACACACCAUAAUAUUUACCCUUUCAAAGUUUACAAUUCAGUGGUUUUAGUAUAUUGCAAAAUUGAGCAACUAUCCUCUCUAAUUCCAGUACAUUUUAUCACCCAAAAAGAAAUCCUGUAAACAUUAGCAGUCACUCCCCAUUUUCCCCUGCACCCAGCCCCAGGAAAUGUGCUUGUCUGAGGGCUCCAAGCAGUGGCAAGAAAGUACACGGCCAGACAGAUGAGGCGCUAAUGGCCCUAUCUUAUAAGACGGAGGUCUCUGAUAAUGGCGUUACCUCUCACAAGUGAGUGUUCCAGGCCUGAGAACCCUCUCCAGAGGCCUGGGAGAGGAGAGGCUUAAUUGAAGUGCAGUUUAAAUCUCAAGCUAUCUGUAUUCACAGCAGAGCGGAGUUGCCUGUAUGGUGGCAAGAAGUUUGGGCUCUACUUCGGCUGAUACUGUUAUUUCAAACCACAUGGCUUUGUGAACCCCAGGGAUUAGAAGGGAAACCGUCAAUCGUGAGUCUCGCAGUACCGUUCUGAAAUGGCUGGGCUAUGGGCUCUUUCUGCUACAGCUACGAGGUAAUGUUGCAAGGGAAACCAGAGAGGCAAAGUAAAUCCCUGGAGCUUUGUGUGGUCAAUCCAGUGUUUGAAGUCAUUGUUUUCAUCUGGGAGAUGAUAAAGUGGAGUGGUUAAAACCUCAGGUUCCAGAGUCAGACUGACCGAGUUCAAACCCCACUUCUUCCUCUAGAUUAACUGUGUUAACAAGUCACUACUCCAAACCGUAUUCUUCAUCUGUAAGCUGGAAUGUGCCAGAUGUCCUCUAUUUGCCCCUCUGUAAGCACUAAAAAAAAAAAAAAAAAAUUUUUUUUUAAGCACUCUCCAGGAACCCAGGUGGUGCAGUGGUUAAGUGCUCAGCUGCUAACCGAAAUGUCAGUAGUUCAAAAGGUCAGAAUUUCGAACCCACCAGCUGCUCCAUGGAAAAAAGAUGUGGCAGUGUGCUUCCAUAAAGAUUUACAGCCUUGGAAACCCUAUGGGGUAGUUCUACUCUGUCCUAUAGGGUUGCUAUGAGUUGGAAUAGGUUAUCCAUUCUCUACCCUUCUCCACCCUGCUCUGUGUUCUGGGAAGCUCACCUAUAUGAACAGUAUAAAGGGGCUCCUUUUUCCUCUGGCUUCCAGUUGUGUCCAAGAAAUGGGACAGUGAGAGAAAAGAGAGAUCUUGCUAUUUAUUCCCCUGGCUCUCGUGCAGCUGUGUUGCUGAGGGUUGAUUGUGACCCUCUCCCAAGGCAGCCUCCUCAUUACAGUUUCUUGGAGGAUUCUAGACCCUAAUCCUCCUCUUGCCCCUUCAGGCAUAGGAUGGUAAUAUCUCCCCACUGUUACUAGCCCCCAAAUACCACAACAUCCUUUGUUGCUUUCCCUAAAAACUUCCCACUUAAUCCCCUGAUGAAGCCCUCUUCAGUUACCCACUUUCAAGGGUGCCAGGACCCUGACUGAUACAACUACUUGCUUGCAGCGAUAGCCUUUUGGGUGGCCAGCUGGCUUAGCAUUAUUCCCUUUCUCUGAGAACAUUAUGCAAAGUUGAGGACCCCCAGUGGUUAUGCCUCUGCUACAUUGCCUUCAACCUUAUAGUUCCAGUGACAGACCCAUGACCCAAAGUGGGACAAUAAGAUUCUCCUCUGCCCCU